UCAGAAGUCCCUGGACCGGCAGUUCCCGCUGCUCCUCCCCUCGUCCUUCCCCCUGCCCUCGGGGAACUGGCGGUUCUCCCCACAGACCUCCUCUCACCACCAUGGAGUUCGACUUGGCCUUAGCCCUAGACUCCAAGAAGCCUCAGGGGACGGGCCAGGGGGGAGACCAUAAACACGGCCCCCACAAAGUUCAGGGCGCGUCAGAGACAGGGGCGGCUGACAAACCAAGGGGCCACGGUCACCGCAGCUCCUCGGACUCCAGUAGCAGCAGCGGCAGCUCCAGCGACUCGGACAUGGAAGGAAAGCCUCACGCGGCCGCCUCGCAAGGACACGAAAGCACGCCGGCCAAGGUCAAGAAGCCCAAGGUGAAAAAGAAGAAGGAGAAGAAAGGGAAGGCGAAGGUUACUUCUCACUGACCGGCCCGGUGACGUCUCAUUAAACCUUUUCUCGGCUC